AUUUUUUUAUCGACAAGAAUUUUCAUUAAAUGAAAAUUGUCUUGUAGCGCUUCAAUGGAAACUACAUUCAUGUGACAUAUGUUUCGUAUCUGAGUUUGAUAUAUGUUCGUAUCCAGAUAUUAACAACUUCAUGGAUUGUACGAGUCAAAGCGUUAAUAAGUGUUUUUCGCGUGUUUCAUAAGUGCAGGAAGAAAAUAUUAAAAAUUUCAAAAGAAUAUUUGUAAAUAGUAGAAGGUCUUCUUUCAAAAAGGUCAUCAUGGAUUGGGAUGAAAUUGAGAAAUUGGCGGCAGACUUUCAAAAUGCUCAGCUUAGUAGUAAUUUACAAAAGUUAACAGAGAGCAACUGUAUAGAAAUUGUAUCAAAACUCAUAGAGACAAAGCGUUUGGAUGUAGUCUUUACAAAUGAUAGAAAGGAAUAUGUUACGCGGCAAUAUCUUAAAACACAAAUUAUAGAUGAAUUAAGUUUCCAUGGUGGUAGAAUGAAUUUGAAUGACAUAGCACAAAUUCUUAAUGUCAGUUUGACUCAAAUAACAACUUUAGCCAAUGAAAUUCAGACAUGUGAUUCUGGUAUUCACGCAGUUAUAGGAUAUUUAAUUAAUGAAGAAUAUUGGGGACAGAUGAUGAAAGAUAUAAAUGAUAAACUUUGGCAGCAUCAUUAUGUCAAAGUAGUAGAUUUGACAUUGUUUUAUAAUUUACCUGCAGAAUUCAUAAGAACAACUAUAGAAACUGCUUUGACUAGAAAGAUUAUAGCAAAUGUAGAAGUUACACAAGAUAAACAAAUAUAUUAUACUAAUAGGUUUAUUAAAACAAAUAAAGCCAAAAUAAGAGGUGCUUUAUCUGCUGUAACAAAACCUAUUUCUCUUUCUUUGGUUUCAAAGGAAUGUUCUGUUCCAGAUUUUGUUAUUUUCCCCAUAUUGGGUGAUCUGCAACAAAAGAAACAAUUAUCAGGUAUUGUAACAGGUGAUCAAAUAAAAACUAGUAUGUUCUUACCACAUAUUUAUGUUAAAAAUCAAACUCAAUGGAUUCAUGAUUUCUAUAAACAAAAUGGAUAUUUAGAAUAUGAUGCACUUGCUCGACUUGGGAUAUCAGAUCCAAAACAUACUAUUAACAAAUAUUUCCCGAAUGAUGAUAUAAUUUUUUUGGAUUCAGUGGCAGUCAACAAUAUCAUUGUAGAUCAACUUAAAACUAUUGCCAAUGACAUUAUUAAUACAAAAUCCUUCACAGAUGUUCGUGAUUAUUUGCCUUCAAUGUUUACUGAUCAAGAUAUUCAAAUUUUUUUGAACAAAAUUUUGGAGAAUUGUCCAGUCCAAAUAUUCAUGGAAACAGUUUUAGUUUCAGAUGAUUUUUUACAAAGAUUAUUGCAAUUUCUAUAUAAAAUUGCAGAAAAUAAAGCACAAAUGAUAGUAACUAGUGGAAAAUGGAUACAAUUAAUUUGUGAAGAUAAAAUCAAGUUCAAGAAUGAUGACAGUAUAGCUCGAAAUAAUAAAACACAUAAAAAAGAGGAAAGGCGUAAGAAAGCAACAAGUGGAAAAGCAGGUGGUGGAAAUCUGGGAAGAGAAACUAAGACUAAAUCAACAAAAAAAAAGUAUAUGCAACAAAAAUUUAACGAGGAUCUUUCGGACGAAGAAAACACGUAUAUUAAAGAUAAAAAUGUGGAGCAUGAAUUGAUAUCAUUAGAAGAUAUUACAGCUGAACUUUUAAAAAAUCGUGAAAUUGCAGUAAUAGAUGAUUUAGCAGAUAAGUUAGCUUUAGUUUUGCAACAGAAAGUAAAUGAAUAUGCACUUAGUUGUGCAGAAAAAUUAGCAGAAUCUAGUGAUGCAUUUAAUACGGAUGAACUCAAAAAAGAUUUAAUUAUUCUAGUAACAAAUAUUAAAAUGUUCAAUGAAAGCAUUGAACUUUUUGAACUGCAAGGACAACGUACAUCUUUAACAGAAUAUUUAAUGAAAUCUUUAUGUCGCGAUUUUGUAACGCGACUAUUUAAAUUGGCCAGCUUACAAAAUAAAUUGCAAUAUCCUGAUAAUAUAGAUUUCAAUGCAAUAAAAAAAGUACUUGUUGAAUUACCUUCAGAUGUUCAAGAACCACUUAAUGACAUAUAUUCAGCUGUUACAAAGUGUGUUAUCAAAGAUUUUUUAAAUCUUACUACUCCAGCAUUACAAGCUUGUUCUGUGAUACAAAAGAAACAUAAUAAAGAUAUAAGUAAACAAAUCAUUUUUACUCAUAAAGAAGCUUUAUUAAAAGAAUUGAAAAUAACACAAGAUUCAGCAUUAGCAUUAAAUUUGGUGACAAGUUUACUUUUUACAGCAGCAACACAAAAUAUUAUACAUAUGUCCGGAAGACAUGUUUCAAUGGUUUUGUCUUUUCUUCAGUCGUAUAUAAUACCUGAAACUGCAGAAUUAUUGAACAAAUACUGUGAUUUAGUAAGAAGUAGCAUAUCAUCUACUGAAAAUAUUGAAAAAAUGGAAGCACAAGAAGCAUUGAAAAACAAAUUGGAAAAAAUAAAAGUGAUUCCUGAUAAUAUUAAUAUUCAUAUAAAAACAUAAAAAUCUGAAGCGCAU